AUGGCCAAGAAGAAGGACGGAGAAUUCAAGCCCAAGGCUGCUGCCAAGAAGGGAGGAGCCCCCAAGAAGAAGAGACCCCUCUCCGGUUUCAUGAAGUUCAGCCAAGAAAAGCGUGCCGGUGUCAAGGAAGAGAAUCCCGAUCUUACCUUUGGUGGAAUCGGAAAGAAGUUGGGUGAAAUGUGGCGUGCUCUUACCGAUAAGGAAAAGGAGUCGUACAAGACUGCCCCUGCUGUCGUCAAGGAUUAA